GGGUGAAGCUCAACAAGAGGGUGAUAUCAAAAGUCUGAUGGAGAAAAUAGCGUCGAAGGAAGCAGAACUCAGAGAACUAGGAGAAAAAUUAACGAAAUCUGAGCAAGAAAAGUCAGACGAGCUUGGCAAGGUAUGGGAGACAAUGACUGAGCUACAGUCAGUAAUUGAGGAUCGCGGAAAAUCUAUCGACAAGCUCGAAAAAGAGUUGAAAGACCAAGAGGCGAAACACAACAGACAGAAGAACACUCUCGAGCAGACGGUCGCUAAGAUGAAGGAAGUGAUGGAGAGGAAGGGAGGAGACGCGAACAAAGUCAACGCUAGGGUCGCUGAGCUCGAGAAAGAGCUAAAGGAAAAGACGAAGAGCGCCGAGAAGCUCGUCAAAGCGUCGGAGAAACGUGAAAAGGAAAUCGAUGCGCUGAAACGCGCGCUUCAAGACCAGGACCAGGUAAUGGGGGAACAACAAGAUGCACUGACCGAGCGACAGCUGGAGAUAGAGUCCCUCACAGAGGAGUUGCGUACACUUACGGACCAGAACACAUCCACAAAUUCUCUCUCCGCCGAGAUUCGCCGACUAGAAGGCACGCUAUCCGUUUACAUCGAGGAAAAGGACCAGCUACAGCGGGAGCUCGAUGCGCUCAGGAAGACAGAGGCGGGAAUCGAGGUGUCAAAGGUAUGAAUCCUUG